AUGAAUAGUAAGACGGAAGACCGAAAGAAAUGGAUGUUAUAUUUACAAACACUGCAAAGAUACCUUCAUUUUACCGAAGAGGAUCGUAAACCACUCAGAUUACCAAUUUAUUCUGAUACAUCUAAUAAAGAUUCAAAUGAGUUUAAAAUUGGUUUUAAAAAUAAAGAUAGAGAUCUAGAAACUUCAGUUGAUGCUGAACCUUUGUUGGAGGAGAAAAUGAUGAAAAUCAACUUUACCCACCAGCUCAAAUACUCGGUUUAA